AUGAGGAGGAUCUCAGUCUGCUGCUUCACCGGUCAAGCGGCUAAUACUAAUCGCCGGAAGAAGAAGCAAAUUCAGGAAUCUAAACCAUCAACGGAAAACAGAAUGGAGCAACCCCAGAUGACGAACAAUGGCAAUGGCGCUGGUAAUUCGGAGACUGUGGGUGAUAGUAUGGGUAAUUCAAACAGCAGCAACAGCAAAACAAACAUCAUCGUAAACCAUGACUUCUCUCAAGGGCUUCAAUCCUGGCACCCAAAUUCUUGUGAAGGAUUUGUGGUUUCAUCCGACUCGGACAACCCAGGGCUUCUUGCAAGACUAGUUGGCGGUUAUGCAGUUGUUUCAAACCGGAAAGAAAGCUGGCAGGGUCUUGAGCAGGAUAUCACUGCUAGGGUUUCUCCCUGUGUAACUUACUCAGUAUCUGCUAUUGUUGGUGUAUCGGGUCACAUUCAGGGAUCAGCAGAGGUUAUUGCAACUAUGAAGCUCGAACAACAAGGCUCAGGAACCCAAUACUUGCGUGUUGGAAAAUCUACCGUAUCGAAGGGUCAGCUUGAAAAGUUGGAAGGCGACUUCUGUUUGUCAACUAUGCCUGACCGGGUGGUCUUCUAUAUCGAAGGACCUUCUGCAGGAGCUGACAUACUUAUAGCAUCAGUGAUCAUUUGCUGUUCUAAGCAAGGAAAUGACAAUGAUGUAAGCAGCAGCAGCUCAACUAAUGUGAUACUAAACCAUGACUUUUCUCAAGGGCUGCAGUCAUGGCACACAAAUCAAUGUGAUGGCCAUGUGGUUUCCUUAGACUUGGGUCACCCAAGACAUCUAGCCAAUGAAGUCGGUUCUUAUGCAGUUGUAUCAAAUAGAACAGAAAGAUGGCAGGGCCUUGAACAAGAUAUCACGAGCAAGGUUUCCCCUGGCAUAACAUACUCAGUUUCCGCCCUUGUUGGAAUCUCUGGGCCUACUGAAGGGUCAUCUGAGGAGGCCCUAGCAACUUUGAAACUCGAACACACCGGUUCAGGAGCAAACUAUAUGCUUGUUGGAAAAACUUCUACGUCCAAGGGGAAAUGGAACAAGUUGGAAGGAACAUUCUCACUUUCGACUAUCCCUGACCGUGUAUUCUUGUACUUAGAAGGACCUUCUCCCGGAGUGAACCUCCUGAUAAAAUCGGUCGUCAUCUGCAAUCCUGAUUGCAGCAAGCCCAAGGACUCAUUUUGUGGGAGCGCUGCAAAGGACGAUGAGAACCUCAUUGUGAAUCCUAACUUUGAGGAUGGUUCCAAUAACUGGUCUGGAAGAGGGUGCAAGAUCGCUGUACAGAAUUCUGCAGCAGAUGGGAAGAUUGUGCCUCAGAGCGGUAAAGUGUUUGCAGUAGCAACAGGACGAACGCAGAACUGGCAUGGAAUUCAGCAGGAGAUAACUGGGAGAGUUCAAAGGAAGCUUGCUUAUGAGGUGACUGCUGUAGUUCGGAUUUAUGGUAACAACGUCACAAGUGCUGAUGUCCGAGCUACAUUGUGGGUCAAAAAUCCUGAUAAUAGGGAACAAUAUAUUGGGAUUGCCAAUUUGCAGGCAAAAGACUCGAAAUGGGUGCAGCUGCAGGGCAAGUUCCUUCUGAAUGGCUCUCCUAACAAGAUAGUUGUUUAUCUAGAAGGUCCACCUCCAGGGACUGAUCUUCUCGUAAACAGCUUCACACUUAAACAUGCCACGAAAGUCCCUCCAUCGCCACUUCCCAUAAUCGAGAACCCUGCAUUUGGUGUCAACAUACUUCAGAACAGCAAUCUGAGCGAUGCAACCAAUGGGUGGUUCCCACUGGGCAAUUGCUCUCUCAAUGUUGCAACUGGUUCACCACAUGUGCUUCCUCCUAUGGCGAGAGAAUCUCUAGGAGUCCAUGAACCUCUGAGCGGACGCUGCAUAGCCGUCACCAAGAGAACACAGACGUGGAUGGGACCUGCACAGAUGAUCACUGAUAAAGUCAAACUGUUCUUGACGUAUCAGAUAUCCGCUUGGGUGAAGAUUGUCCCUGGAGCGGCUAGUGGUCCUCAGAAUGUGAAUGUAGCACUUGGUGUGGAUAAUAAUUGGGUCAAUGGUGGCCAAGUCGAGAUCAACGACGAUAGGUGGCACGAAAUCGGUGGCUCCUUCAGGAUCGAGAAGCAACCUUCCAAGGUCAUGGUCUACAUCCAAGGUCCUGCUGGUGGUGUCGAUUUCAUGGUCGCUGGACUUCAGAUUUUUGCUGUUGAUCGUGUGGCCAGAUUCAAGCACCUCAGAAGACAUGCUGACAAGAUUCGGAAGCGUGACGUGAUCCUGAAAUUCACAGGAGGAGACUCAAGCAGCCUGCACGGCACAUUCGUCAAAGUCCGACAAACACAGAACAGCUUCCCCUUGGGAACCUGCAUAAGCCGGACCAACAUCGACAACGAAGAUUUCGUCGACUUCUUCGUCAAGAACUUCAACUGGGCCGUGUUCGGCAACGAGCUGAAGUGGUACUGGACGGAGUCCCAACAGGGGAACCUCAACUACAAGGAUGCUGACGACCUGGUGGAACUCUGCCGAGCCCACAACAUAGACAUGCGAGGCCACUGCAUCUUCUGGGACGUCGACGGCACGGUCCAGCCGUGGAUCAAGUCCCUAAACAAAGACGACCUCAUGAAAGCAGUCCAAAACCGCAUCACCGAUCUCCUCACCCGAUACAAGGGUAAGUUCAAGCACUACGACGUGAACAACGAAAUGCUGCACGGUUCGUUCUAUCAGGACCGGCUGGGGAAAGACAUCCGGCCCUACAUGUUCAAGACCGCGAAUCAGCUCGACCCAUUUGCAGCCCUGUUCGUCAACGACUACCACGUGGAGGACGGGUGCGACACCAGGUCGACUCCUGAGAGGUACAUUGAGCAAGUUCUUGACUUGCAGGAGCGAGGUGCAGCAGUGGGAGGGAUUGGGAUUCAGGGCCAUAUUGACAGUCCGGUUGGGCCUGUGGUCUGUUCGGCGCUGGAUGGGCUGGGAAUAUUGGGCCUGCCGAUCUGGUUCACGGAGCUGGACGUGUCGUCGACCAACGAGUACAUACGGGCCGAGGAUCUGGAGGUGAUGCUGAGAGAGGCGUUUGCGCAUCCGUCGGUGGAAGGCGUGAUGCUUUGGGGGUUCUGGGAGCUGUUCAUGAGCAGGGAGAAUUCGCAUCUGGUGGAAGCGGAAGGGGAGGUGAAUGAAGCUGGGAGGAGGUUGCUGGCUUUGAAGAAAGAGUGGCUGUCUCAUGCUAGUGGGGAGAUUGACGAGAGUGGUGAGUUUGGGUUCAGAGGGUUUCAUGGGAGCUACCGUGUGGAGAUUGUUGGGCUGUCGAAGAAGGUGACCAAAACGUUUGUGGUUGAGAAGGGUGAUGGUGAUACUCCGUUGGUUCUGAACAUUGAUCUGUCUAGUUCUUGA